AUGGCCUCUUCCCCAUCCAUGUUGACCAAGUUCGAGUCCAAGUCGUCGCGGGCGAAAGGCAUUGCCUUCCACCCCAAGAGACCAUGGAUCCUCGUAUCACUGCACUCCUCGACCAUCCAAUUGUGGGACUACCGCAUGGGCACCCUGAUAGAUCGCUUUGAAGAGCACGACGGUCCGGUCCGCGGCAUCGACUUCCACAAGACACAGCCACUUUUCGUCUCCGGCGGCGAUGACUACAAAAUCAAGGUUUGGUCGUACCAGACUCGCCGGUGUCUUUUCACUUUGAAUGGGCAUCUGGACUACGUCCGCACCGUCUUCUUCCACCACGAGCUGCCGUGGAUCCUGAGCAGCUCCGACGACCAGACAAUUCGAAUUUGGAACUGGCAAAACAGAAGCUUGAUCUGCACCAUGACCGGGCACAACCACUACACCAUGUGCGCGCAAUUCCACCCGAAGGAGGACCUCAUUGUCUCCGCCUCGCUCGACCAGUCCGUCCGCGUAUGGGAUAUUUCAGGGCUGAGGAAAAAACACUCCGCGCCAACGUCGGUAUCAUUUGAGGACCAGAUGGCGCGCGCCAACCAGAACCAGGCCGAUAUGUUUGGAAACACGGAUGCGGUUGUGAAAUUCGUGCUCGAGGGCCAUGACCGAGGAGUGAACUGGGUCGCAUUCCACCCUACCCUUCCGCUCAUCGUUUCGGCCGGUGAUGAUAGAUUGGUGAAGUUGUGGAGGAUGUCAGAGACUAAAGCAUGGGAGGUGGACACUUGCCGAGGCCAUUUCCAGAACGCAUCCGCGUGUCUGUUCCACCCGCACCAGGACCUCAUACUUUCCGUUGGCGAAGACAAGACCGUGCGCGUAUGGGACCUCAACCGCCGAACCUCUGUUCAAUCAUUCAAGAGGGAGAAUGAUCGUUUCUGGGUGAUUGCUGCGCAUCCGGAGAUCAACCUGUUCGCAGCCGGCCACGACAACGGAGUGAUGGUGUUCAAGCUAGAGCGUGAACGCCCGGCGUCCGCGGUCUACCAAAACAACCUGUUUUAUAUUACCAAGGAGAAACACGUGCGCUCCUACGAUUUUCAGAAGAACAUCGAAUCUCCGUCCAUGCUUUCUUUGAAGAAGCUCGGCAGUGCCUGGGUCCCGCCUCGGACGCUCUCCUACAACCCCGCCGAACGCUCUAUCCUCGUGACCUCUCCCGCUGACAGCGGCACUUACGAGCUCAUCAGUUUGCCACGCGAUGCAUCAGGAGCUGUAGAGCCUACAGACACCAAGCGAGGAUCUGGUAGCUCGGCUGUCUUUGUUGCUCGCAACAGGUUUGCAGUGUUCAAUCAGCAGAAUCAGCAGAUCGAUAUUAAAGAUCUGAGCAAUUCGACCACGAAAACAAUCAAGCCCCCGCACGGAACGACCGACAUCUAUUUUGGCGGUACCGGUAAUCUGCUCCUCAUCACGCCGACUUCCGUGGUUCUCUAUGACAUCCAGGCCAAGAAGAACCUCGCUGAGCUCUCUGUCAAUGGCGUCAAAUACGUUGUCUGGUCGUCUGAUGGUCUCCACGUUGCGCUAUUGAGCAAACACAAUGUAACUAUCGCUACUAAGAACCUGGAACAAGUCAGCACACUUCACGAGACUAUCCGCAUAAAGAGCGCUGCCUGGGACGAUGCUGGUGUUCUCCUGUACUCUACGUUGAACCACGUCAAGUAUAGUUUGAUGAAUGGAGACAACGGCAUCGUGCGCACUCUGGAGCACACAGUCUAUCUCGUCAAGGUUAAGGGGCGCAAUAUCUACUGUUUAGACCGCGCCGCGAAACCCAAGGUCCUUCAAAUUGACCCUACGGAAUACCGCUUCAAACUUGCAUUGGUCAAGCGAAAUUACGACGAGAUGCUCAACAUCAUCAAGAACUCGAGUCUUGUGGGUCAGAGCAUUAUCUCAUACCUACAGAAGAAGGGCUACCCGGAGAUUGCGCUACAAUUCGUUCAAGACCCGCAAACGCGCUUUGAGCUUGCGAUCGAAUGCGGAAACUUGGACGUGGCCGUCGAAAUGGCCAAGCAGCUCGACCGACCCAAGCUCUGGCAACGUCUCAGUGUCGAAGCCCUGGCGCACGGGAACCACCAGGUCGUAGAAAUGACUUACCAGAAGCUUCGAAACUUCGAUAAGCUUUCCUUCCUCUACCUCUCCACUGGAGAUCAGGAGAAGCUCAAGCGCAUGGCUAAGAUUGCUGAGCACCGUGGCGAUAUGACUGCUCGCUUCCAAAAUGCUCUCUACCUCGGCGAUGUGCAGAACCGGAUCGAAAUGUUUCAGGAGAUCGACCUUUAUCCCCUUGCAUACGCUACAGCCAAGGCACACGGUCUUGAUGAGCAAGCUGAACAGAUACUAGAGGCUAGCGGUCUUUCCGAGGACCAGAUCAACCUGCCAUCUUUUGGAUCUCCGCUUACACCGCCUAGACCCAUUGUUCCUACGUACAAGACUAACUGGCCGACGCGUGCUGCAUCGUCUACGGUGUUCGAACGGGCGCUUGCCGGUGAAGUUGAAGGUAUUGCCGCAGAAGAGCCAGCAGCUAACGGCUACGGGGAUGAAGAUCUUCUGGGUGAUGUCGAAGCGCCAAGUGCUGCUGCCGGUGACAUUGGCGGCGAUGAAGAAGACGAUGUUGGUGGCUGGGACAUGGGUGACGAUGGCGAAGCUGAUGCGGAAGAUGAUUUCGUUGAGGUUGAGGGUACAGAGACCGGCGCAGGCAGCAGCGAGGCAGAUUUGUGGGCUCGCAACUCUCCUCUGGCCGCCGAUCACGUUGCUGCAGGCUCGUUCGAAACUGCUAUGCAGCUCUUGAACCGACAGGUAGGCGCUGUGAACUUCGCACCACUCGAGUGGCGCUUCGAAGAGAUUUAUAAAGCCUCACGAACCUUCCUUCCUGCUACGCCUAAUAUGCCUUCGAUCGUCAAUUACGUUCGAAGAACAGUCAACGAAACCGACUCGCGAAAGAUACUACCCAUUAUCCCGCGCGAUCUAGAGUCGAUAUUAGCGAAUGAGCUUCCAGCUGGUAAAUCAGCCAUGCUGAAGAACAAGCUGGAAGACGGUGUCGCUGUCUUCAAGCGAUUACUACAGCUGUUGAUUGUCAACGUUGUUUCUUCGCAAGCACAGCUCUCAGAGGCCAGACAAGCAAUUCACACUGCCGCUCAAUAUGUAAUUGCCAUGUCCAUCGAAUUAGAGCGAAGGUCUCUGGUCCAAGGCGCGACCGACAUCACUGGUCUACCCGAAGACACAAAGAAGCGAGCACUCGAGCUUUCGGCAUACUUCACCGUUCCUGAGCUGGAAGGCCCUCAUAAAUCUCUCCCACUUUCCGCAGCAAUGAACUUUGCCAACAAGAACAAGCAGUUGAACACUGCGCUCAACUUUGCCAAUGCCCUUCUGGACCGUACCGCCAAUGCGAAGCUAAAAGAGCAGGCAAAGAGGAUCAAGACGUCGGCGGAGCGGAAUCCUAACGAUGCUGUUGAAAUCGACUUUGACCAGUUUGCUGACUUCGAUAUCUGUGCUGCGUCGUUCACACCGAUAUAUCAAGGCAGCCCAUCCGCAGCGUGCCCCUACGACGGCGCUAAGUACCAUGCGAAGUACAAAGGCACGAUCUGCAAGAUCUGUGAGGUGUGCCAAAUUGGCGCCCCUGCGAGCGGACUGAGGCUGGUGGGAUGA